GUAAAUCUAUAUAAUGCUGGCCAUCCAUCUUUUGAUGUAUAUAUUCAUGAUCCAUCCCCAACAAAAAGGUCGUACCUUUCUCCCUUUAAUUCUAUCUCCUUGAUCUUCAUGUUAGUACAGAGGAAGCUAGUCAAUAAAUAAGCUGAAUAUAUAUAUACAAACCCAGAGAUUCAUUACAGAAAUGGGAGGUUCUUUAGAGCAGGUUUCGAAUUACUACUACUGUGAAAUGGAAAGCAGAGGUUGCAGUGUGUGGUGGGUUGAGAAGUACUUCAAGGAUUGCCUCUGCAACCUCAGCGAUGAAAUAUCAUUUGCUUUGGGACUCAUCAGUUUGGUCUGUUGGGGCUUAGCUGAAAUCCCACAGCUCAUCACCAACUUCACCAACAAAUCCGCCUCUGGCCUCUCCCUCUCUUUUCUCUUCACUUGGAUCGUCGGAGAUAUUUUCAAUUUGUUUGGGUGCAUUCUCGACCCGGCUACGCUUCCUACUCAGUUUUUUACUGCACUGCUGUACACAAUAACAACAAUAGCCCUGGUGGUGCAGUGUAUAUAUUAUGAGCAUUUCCUCCGCUGGUUGAAACGUCGAGACAACAAGAAAUCAGCCAAUCUCCAGGUUACUGUGGACGGAAAAGAAGAGGUUGUGAAGAAACCAAAGUUACGACAUCAUCAAUCCAUUGGUGGGGCAGGGCCAAAUGCUCCUAUUAUACCCUCGGAGAAGCAUUAUUAUUUCAUGUCAUUAAGAACUUUGGCAAGCAGUGCAACUCCACCUAGGGGCUCAUACAUAAACGUGGUACCAAGAAGUGGCCCGCCAGCUCUCCAGCACUACAACUCCGACUCUUCUGAAGACGAAACAGCCCCUUUAUCUUCAGCCUCAAACAAAACUCCCAUUACUCGCCCAAGAUCAAUCCCUCGCCCUACAGCGUACGGCACAUUUUUGGCGGCAGCUGCGGCGGCUUAUUAUCCUGCCGGAGGCGACGCAGCUCUGUUGGUUAUGGGUCAUGCAACGAGGACGACAAGAUUUGUAGGAAGGAGGUUAUUAUUACAGGAACAUAAUGAAAUUGAUAACAACGUACUAGUUGGGCAAUGGCUAGGAUGGCUGAUGGCUGCUAUAUAUAUGGGAGGGCGAAUUCCUCAGAUUUGGCUCAAUAUUAAAAGAGGGAGUAUUGAGGGGCUGAAUCCCCUGAUGUUUAUCUUCGUUCUUGUGGCCAAUGCCACAUAUUUUGGAAGUAUAAUGGUGAGAAGCACUGAAUGGGAGAAAAUAAGCGCAAACAUGCCAUGGUUGGUAGAUGCAGUGGCCUGUGUCCUUCUCGAUCUUUUUAUCAUUCUUCAAUACCUUUACUAUAGCCGAUUGAAGACGAAAAAAAUCGAAACAUCAUACAUUUGAAGAAAUGCAUGCAUGGACGAGUCAGCCUCAUCAUUUCAAUUCGUUCAAUGGGAGGGAUUGGAUUGAUCAGUAUAUAUGAUGGAGUACGUUUGACCAGAAUUGACCAAAUGCAUGCAUGCCUGUUAUAUGGCAUGAACUAUGUUUGGUUACCAUCAAUUAAGGAUUUAAGGUGCUUGAGUAUUCCUAGUUUGCUAGUUAUAUAUAUUCAAAAAAAUCUUAUAAUUCUUUCCAAUAUCAUCAUUCAUUUCAUUACUUCUUUUUUUAUGUUUUCGAUUAAUCGAUUAUUAUUUUUCAUUUAUAUAUUCAGUUCAAGAAACUCGUCUAAACAGUGUUGUUUUUUAGUUCGACCAUUUCAUGACAUUGUAUAUAGACCAUUAUGAAAGAUUUGAGAAAAUUACUAGAAGUAUGCCUGAAACAAA